AUGAGUGACGCUACCAAUUUUAGUAUGCCUGAAGUUGACCAUGUGAAGGAGUUUCUUUUGAAUGAAAGCUACUUGCUCAACUGCAGCCACCCAGACAUCUUCAAUGUGACGCAAGCAGCCCCCAUACAGUAUGCCAGUGUAAUGUACGGUGGCAUAAUGCCCAUUCUGGUUGCUGUCACACUGCUGGCCAACUCGCUGAUCAUCGCCGUGCUCACUCGUCGACACAUGAAGACGCCCACCAAUUUGGUGCUAUUGUGGAUGGCCAUUGCCGACCUGCUCACUUUGCUGUCACCAGCUCCGUGGUACUUUUACAUGUACACAAUGGGCUAUCACUCUGUUCUCCUCAAUGGCUCUUUCCUCUGCUACGUGUACAAUGUCAUGACUGAACACGUUCCUAUUCUUUUACAUAACUCGUCAAUUUGGCUCACCAUUCUGCUUGCAGCUCAAAGGUACAUUUACAUCUGCCACCCUACCCUGGCAAAGACGCUAUGCACCAUACCCAAAGUCAAUCGGGCUGUUGUCACAAUUUUCAUUGCUUCAAUCUCGGUGCAAGCUAGUCGCUUUUUUGACACUCAGUAUGAAAGUGUAACGUGUGCUGACGACCAAAACAUGGCCACCACAGCUUGUCUGCAAAAAGUGUCUUCAUGGGUGACACGACCUGAAAUUUACUUUCCUCUCUACUUUGGUUUCCGCAUCGUCUUUGUCAACUUGGGGCCGUGCAUUGCACUGGUGAUUCUCAAUGUACUCCUCUUCAGUGCACUUCAAAGAGCUCAAAAAACGAGACUCAAGUUGCUUCAGGAUGGAAAUGCAUCUUCCCGCAAAAAACGCAAUGAUCUCAGCAACUCAACUACUUAUAUGCUUAUUGUCGUCGUCAGUGUCUUCCUUUGUGUGGAGAUUCCAAUGGCAAUAGCAACCAUAAUACACCUUUUGGUGAACAUGGAAAUAAUCACGUUUGAAGGCGACUCUCAUCGUCCGUUCACCCAAAUAACAGUACUGCUGGUUAACUUUAUCAUUAUGCUGAGUUUUCCGCUCAACUUUGCCAUCUACUGUGGCAUGUCUGCUCAGUUCCGAAACACCUUCAAGGCGCUCUUUGUUGGUCGACUGUUUAACCAACGGCUCAAUGGCAGCCAGUCACAGGCUGUACCACCUGACUGCAACACG